UAUUUAUUUGUACAUAUAAUGGCAACACUUUUUGUAUGGUGGUGGUUGGUAAUAAAAGUCAAAAUAGACUUACCGUGUUGUUGUGAAAGAAAUGGCUGCAAUUGAGAAAGUAAAAGUUGUUGUUCUUGGCGAUUCUGGGGUUGGAAAAACAUCUCUGACAUACUUGGUGGCGCACAACAAACCGUUGUUAUCUCCGGGUUGGACCGUUGGUUGUUCCGUGGAAGUUAAGUUGCACAGGUACAAAGAGGGAACUCAAGCGCAGAAUACGUUUUUCGUGGAACUCUGGGAUGUGGGAGGGUCAAAUGGUCAUAGAAACACAAGGGAUGUAUUUUAUCAGCCAACUCACGGUAUCAUUUUAGUUCACGAUUUAACAAAUAGGAAAAGCCAGAUAAAUUUGCAAAAGUGGUUGACAGAGAUUUUAAAUCAGGACAGUUCCAACUCAACUCUUCAGCAUGUGGACGUUGAUCCUGAACAGUUCCUAGGCUCCACUCAAAUACCUAUACUAGUUAUAGGCACAAAGUUCGACUUGGCCGAGGAGAAGCAAAGGAAGAACCAGUACCGGCGACUGGCUAGCAGCAUUGCGGAGCAAUGUGGGACUGAUGAGAUAUUUGUGAACUGCCAUCAAGCGAGAUCUCUCGCUCCUGGCACGACCAACUCUGUUAAAUUGACGAGAUUUUUUGAUAAGGUGAUAGAAAGGCGAUACUACUCUAGGAUCAGCCCGUUCCCUGACAAGAGGCGGAUACCUUCGUACAUGAUGUCUACCUCCACACCUUUGUCGAGCAACCGACCAGCACAGUAUAUGAGCCCAAGAUUUUAUCAUAUGGACUGACAUUUUAAUAACUCCUUUGAGGGAACUAAUUAUUUUGUACCUGAUGGAAACAAGUAAAUGCAAUAAAAAUACGGCAGCGUGUUAAAUA